CGACUCGCUCACCUACCCGCCCCCCGCCCGUCUCUCCGCCUCCGUCGCGCGCAUCCAGGCCCAGCCCGCCGCCGUCCCCGCCAUGUCCGCCCACGCUGCGCCGCCCGCGCGCCAGACGGGGCCUGCUGAACGGAUCCGCGGAGGAUGCAUCCCGUGUCCGGGCGGGGGCGUAUGUUAUAUCAUCCCGAUUCCUUGUUGCUGUUAGACGGUCUGCGCGCGACUGCAUACACGAAACGACUCCUAUCGUAUCCCUCUACCACGACAUAUAAUGCGUGCGCAACAGCAUCUGUACCGCGUACACGCACGACCCCGGACAUUCACAUGUAUCUGUAGAUAUCGGACUGGACUAUCAUAGCACUGAAGUGUUCCCUCUCUCCUUCUACGAGUGUGUCGCGCUCGUCGUUCCGCUGGGUGGUUGACCGGUUUUGCACGGUCUUCCUCCGGUUCCGUGCGCAGUUUUGGUCCUGCGCAGGCUCGCUACUGAGCUGCACUGCUUACGGUCACGCAAUGCGCCUCGUACAGCUGCGCACCACCUUGGCAAGUACUUGGUUGGCCUGGAUGCGGUGUAGGCUUGCGCACCGGUCCGAAUGGGUGUGCCUCACCGCGCCUUGUGGCGCAUCUAAACCGCGCAUCUCAACGUUCUCAGCACUCGUGGGCUGGACGCCGAUGUAUACGACGCGGGUCUGUAAGACUCGCUCUUGAUACAUUCUGUGGGCGACUUCGCAGACCGACAGCUUGUUUUCCUCCUACAUAGGUCGCGGGCUUGCGUCCACCCGGCGCACAUACUCCGUGCGCCACGCUGGCUGCUGUCGCGUCGACUCCGCCCUCCAGGAGUGCCUAUCACGCGUGCUCACACUUUGAAUCCUACAGGACGGAUGCCAGGGUCCCUGGCGAGACCUGCCACCACCGACGUCUAUCCCGUCACCCCAAGGACAUCGCUCUGCGAAUGGAUAGGUGCUGAUCGCGUUCUCGUUCCUGGCAACCUGUUCUCGGUGCUGGCGACCCGUUCUCAGUGAUGGCGAUCUGUCUACGCGUCUGUCCUGAGGCGCAAUCGGCCCUCCUGCGGACACCCUUGCGGUACGACACUGGGCGACAACUACGACCGCGACGACACGGACACGGCGGGUAUGUCCCGAGAGCUGCACUAGGCUCGUCCUCUUCGACCGUCCUGCCUUCCUUGAGGGCACCGGGGUACCCCGCAUGGAUCGCCAUAACAAGUUUCUAAACCUCGGUUCCCGCUAUAAGCCCCGCUACACGAUAAGGAUUCGCCCCCAUCUCACCACAUUUCCCCGUCCUCCACGCAUGUCAGCCACCCAGUUACACCUCUGCAUCCUCUCCUCCAUCUGCCCACAUCUACUCCGAAAUCCCCGUCAAGCAACCACCCCCCAGCCCAAGCCCUCGCGUCCUCUCGCGCUCGCGCUUGUUCCUACCCCGUGACCGACACUGCCUGUUCUGCCUUUGUCGGGAGCCGUUGCUCGUGCGGGCUAGCCGGGUCUCUCUCGGUUACGCUGUUGAUAUGGUGGGUGCAGGGGUAACACAAAUGGCUGCGAACGUUCACGGGUGAGGCGAUGGAGAGACCGGAGGCGAAGGGGCGGGAUGCAUGGUAGGCCGGCGAGACGGCUGGGCGUGUUGGUAUGGAGGUUAGGAGGGACGGCGGGGUCUGUGUAGAGGUGAAGAUGGGAAAGGAGUCACUGGUAGGUAUUCGUAUGAGUGAGAUGUUGUAGAAUGGUUACAGUCUCGCGAACCGGUGGUUUUGUAUGGUGUAGCCUAUGGACAUAACGAGAUGGUUUCAAGGGCGC